ACAUGGCUGGCACUUCUGGACCGGAAAUGCCGGAGGGCAAGGCAGAUGAAGACGAGGCUGUGACCCAGUUUCUGAUGAGUAUUGGCCUUGACUGCCUCACAGAACUGUUCUCAAGACAGAAAAUAACCAUGGAUAUUUUAAAGGAAAUGACUUCAGAAAAUUUGAAGGAGGCUGGAGUACAGGAAUAUGGUUACAGACACAAAAUUAUUAAAGAACUUUACAAAAGAAAAGGGACUUUGGCGUCUGUUCAAAGGUCAAUAUAUCAACGAAAAAGAAAAGCAAUCUUUGAACAGCAUAAUUUGAUACCCAGCAAGAAACACUGCAAACUUGGGAAAACUAUUUAUCAAAAAACUGCGCCGUACCCGAUGAGAAAAUCUGUGAAACCAAGAACACAAAUACCACAAAUUCAUCAGACGGCAGCUUCGACACAGACAUCCUUCCCUUCAUCUCAAAAUAAUUUGUCAAGUACAAGGAAUUCAAAUAAUCAUGGGUUGAUGCAAACCGUGGCUACUCAAAACAUCUCACAAACAGUUUCUUCCAACAGUUUGAGUAAUACUAAUUCAAUAUUUCCUGCCACUAGUAAUAGUCAAAUUGCUACAAGAAGUACCAACCAAUCGAUGCUGGUAAAUAUCCAACCAAUUUCAGCAGGUAAUAGCCAAGGCACGAGUCAGUCAAUUAAAUUACCCAACCAGUCCUCUGUCAGUCCAUCAGCCACACCUUGUAUCACUACCUCAUCCUCCUCCUCAACAUCGACUUGUUCAAGUUGUGCAACAAAGUCUUCGUCUGCAUGUGCUUCACAUUUAACCCUUACAUAUGACAAUGAUGACGCCAUUACGGAGGAUGAAAAUAGGUUCUUAAGGUUUUUAUUGUUGGCACAACUGGGCACCGAAGCUCUGAGGAUGGCAUUUGACAAUAAAGUUCCACCACCCCUCCUGGCUUCUCAUCUACAGACUCAUACACGCAAACUGAAGGAGAGAUGUACUUCUCAGCAGAUGAAAGUCCUUUUUCCAACCUGUCCGGUAUCGACGACAAACUUUGAUACAACUUUGCUCUACACUCUUUUCCGUAAUACAGUGAGUGUAAAGGCACCCUCUAAUGGUUGGGGCAAAGAUCCUCGACCUCACAACACCUCUCUUACUGAUGAUAUAGAGCGUGUUAGGAUACACAGAAACUCCAUCUGUCAUGGGAAGACUUCAAUGGAUCAACUGACUUUCCAAAGAAAAUGGUUUGAUUUAUCAGAGGCAAUUUCUCGUUUGAGUAAUGGAAAAUUGAAAAAAGAAACCUCUUCUUUGGAGACGAGAAAUUUUGAUAAGAAAGCUAGGAAGAGUAUCAUGGAUGACUUUGAUCUCCUAAAAAAUAGAGUCUCAGAGUUGGAACAGACUCAUAUACCAGCGCACAUAAAAGAACGUCAAACUGAGGAGAUAAAAAUCUGGGAAGAAGAUGAUGAAGUGUUUUGUGAAACUCGUGCCUUUAAAGAGUUUGAAGAGAUGAUGAAUAUUCAUAAUGUUGUCACCAUUAUAGGAGGGCCAGGUACAGGAAAAACAACAAAGGCACGCCAUCUAGCGAUCAAAUACAAAAGCGAGGGAUGGGAGAUCAUCCCAGUCAUUUGUUUAGAGGAUAUCAAAAACUUUGGACAUUUCAGUGUGAAACAGCUUUUUUUGUAUGAUGAUCCAGCAGGCGUGUUUGGGUUUGAUAGGUCAAGAUACAAUUCCUUAGUAGAUUUUACAAAAAUUAUAAAGUCCUUAUCAGAAAAACAAGCAAAAUUCGUUUUCACCUGCAGAAAAGCAGUGUAUAAUGAAGGAAGAAAAUUAGACCUGUACAUUUUUCAAAAUACGAUAGAUAUCGAAAGCAAAAGAAUGUCCCUUACAACAACUGAUAUGAUGAAAAUGCUCACAAUUCAUUGUGAGAAAUGCAGAGUUGAAAAAUCUGUAUAUCAAUCAUUGUCACUUAAAUCAGGAUCUGUAAUGUUUCCUUUGCUUUGCAAACUGUUUUCGAAAGAAGUCCAAUAUCAAAAAGAUGGCGAACGAUUUUUUGAAAUGCCUAAGCAGUGUUUGGUUGCAGAAUUUGAGAAAAUGAAGCUUCUAAAUAAGACUCACUACGCCUCGUUAGCUCUUUGUGUGCUAUCUCAGAACAGGCUUAACAUGCAUGAUUGGAAAGAUACUGAAACAUUAAGUCUUAUGGUUAAACAAUUCAGGAUAGAGGGAUCAUUGUCUGAAUUGCAAGUAUGCGAUGCUUUAAACGAAAUGAAUGGGACAUAUGUCAUCAAAAUUGAUGAAAUAUACACUUUUGUUCAUGACUCCAUAUUUGAAGUAAUGGCAUACAUGUACGGGAGAGAAUUCCCCGAAAUGGUCAUAUCUAAGAUGAACAGUGGAUACAUUUCUAGAUGUGUGAGGCUUAAACCCGAUGCACAAUCAAAUCUUAAUUCAUUUGUUAUCAUUCCAGAAGAAACAUACCCUGUCCUUGCUGAAAGACUUUAUGAUGACAUCAAGGAUAAGCAAUUUUAUGACGUCUUCCAAAAUGAAUGUUUGAAAGAGCAAUCUUUUUUACAUGACUUCAUCAAAUAUCUGAAUACAAAGCCAAACGAAGAUUUAUAUGAAACUUUUCUGAAAAAUCAUGAUUAUGUCCCUCAUCUCAUUGCCACAGAAUUUAUUGAUAAAAUUGACGAAGGACGAAAAUACAUUUUUGAAAGACUUAUUGUGGGUGAAACAUAUGCACAGGUGAUGACCGAUUCCUUUAUGGCUGAAGAUGAAGAAAUGCCUGAAAAUAUAACAACAUAUAAAACUAAAUAUCAGAUCAGGGCGCUUAACUGGGUAGUUGCUUACGGCCACGAUGUUCUUUUUGAAUUUCUUAUGAAAAGAUUCUCUCUUCAUGAGUUAGCUAGGAAGGAAAUGUCUUUGUUUUCGUUAUCUGAACAAUCUCAUCUUCUUGUUUUGAGUACGUUUAGUGCCGAUUCACAAAUUACAAAGAAACUAAUUAGAUACUUAGAUAUCAACUGUAAUGACGAAAGUCCUAGUGGUAAAUUUGACUCCUUAAAUAUCCACAUGUGUUAUACACCUCUUACCGCCGCAUGUGUAGGAGACAAUUGUGAAACAAUAGAUGUCUUGCUUGAUGCUGGGGCAGAUAUCAACAAACGUGAUGAUAUGCCUGAGGGAGAUACGCCGCUUACAUUUGUAGCCAAACAUGGAAAUAUAAAGACCGUUGAACAUUUGAUCAUGAGGAAUGCGAAUAUCGACAAGGUUAAUGGUUACAAUAAAUCACCUUUGUAUUGCGCGUCUUAUUUCGGUCAUGUCAAUAUUGUUAGAUUCUUGGUUGCAAAUAAGGCUAACGUUAAUAUAUGUGAUGCUAACAAUAAGUCUCCCUUAUUUGUUGCUGCCGAGGAGGGAUUUAUCGAAAUAGUAGACGUACUAGUGAAAAAUGGAGCAGAUGUUACUAUUUGCGAAAAUAAUGAAAAGAAAACAGCAUUAUAUCAGUCUAUCAGUAAAAAGUACGUAGACAUAUCAAGGUUGCUUUUAAAAUCGAGUGUAUAUGACACAUUACUGAAUUCAGAUACCGUUGAUCUGAUCUUAAGAGAAGGAUUAGAUCUCAACGUUCUUGACAGUGAAGGCAGAACAAUGUUACAAUGGGCUAUAAAGAAAAAAGAUAUUGUAACUUGUAAGAACUUAAUUGAACAUGGAGCCAAAGUUGAAGGUCUAUUGGAAAAUGAAAUACAUUCUCUUUGGUCGUACGCCUUAAUGUCUUACAAUUUCGAAGACUUGAAGUUUACAGUGAAAAAGUUUGGUCAGCCUUUGCGCACUGAUAUCCCUUGGAAUGAAUUUCAUUUAUCGAUGGCAUUAGCUGAAAAUAAUUUUGAAGUAGUUAAUGUUCUGCUAAAUCUUAUCUCCAAUUCUCAUAACCAAGAUCAGAUAUUGCAGGAACUCGUUACAACAGCAAUACAUAGAGGAAACAUAGAACUUGUAAAAAGAGCUGUGGCAUGCCAGGUAGAAAUUGUGAACAAAUGCGAAUCAUCACUUUCCUUAUUUGGUCCGAAGAAUACAACGCCAUUGAAUAUAGCCAUACAACAUGGACACGCUGAUAUUGUUAAAUAUUUGGUAGAAAAUGGAGCAUAUAUAAAUAUGCCUGAUCAAGGAAACAGACCCAAAUUUUACAGAGCAUUAGAUUUUGGAGAUAAUGAAACCGUUGAAAAAAACACGCAAUAUAAAUUCAAUAUAAGGUUUCCCAAGGGAUUUGAGGACGAAAUACCUUUACAUUUUGCAGUAAAAAACGGUCAGGCAGAAAUUGUGAAAUAUCUUGUUGAAAGAGGGUCAGAGACAAAUACUACUGAUUUGGGGAAAAACACUCCACUUUAUUACGCAUCAGAAAUCGGGAAAAACGAAAUUGUUGAAUGUCUUGUUGAACAUGGGGCAGAGGUUAAUGUUUAUGAUUCUUGGAAAAGGACGCCCUUAUGCAUGGCAUCAAAAAUCGGUCACAACAAAAUUGUUGAGUAUCUAGUAGAACAUGGGGCAGAGGUUAAUGUUUCUGGCUUUUGGGAAGGGACACCCUUAUGCAUGGCAUCAAAAAAUGGACACACCAAAAUUGUUGCAUAUCUAGUCGAACAUGGGGCAGAGGUUAAUGGUUCUGAUUCUGGGGAAGGGAUGCCCUUAUGCAAGGCAUCGGAAAACGGACACACCAAAAUUGUUGCAUAUCUAGUCGAACAUGGGGCAGCGGUUAAUGGUUCUGGAUCUGGGGAAGGGAUGCCCUUAUGCAUGGCAUCAAAAAACGGUCACAACAAAAUUGUUGAGUAUCUAGUCGAACAUGGGGCAGAGGUUAAUGUUUCUGAUUCUUUGAAAAGAACGCCCUUAUGCAUGGCAUCAGAAAACGGUCACAACAAAAUUGUUGAAUAUCUUGUCGAACAUGGGGCAGAGGUUAAUGUUUCUGAUUCUUUGAAAAGAACGCCCUUAUGCAUGGCAUCAGAAAACAGUCACAACAAAAUUGUUGAAUAUCUUGUCGAACAUGGGGCAGAGGUUAAUGUUUAUGAUUCUUUGAAAAGAACGCCCUUAUUCAUGGCAUCAAAAAACAGUCACAACAAAAUUGUUGAGUAUCUAGUCGAACAUGGGGCAGAGGUUAAUGGUUCUGAUUGUUUGGAACGGACGCCCUUAUGCAUGGCAUCAGAAAACGGACACACCAAAAUUGUUGAGUAUCUAGUCGAACAUAGGGCAGAGGUUAAUGGUUCUGAUUCUGGGGAAGGGAUGCCCUUAUGCAUGGCAUCAGAAAACGGUCACACUAAAAUUGUUGAGUAUCUUGUCGAACAUGGGGCAGAGGUUAAUGGUUCUGAUUGUUUGGAACGGACGCCCUUAUGCAUGGCAUCAGAAAACGGACACACCAAAAUUGUUGAGUAUCUAGUCGAACAUGGGGCAGAGGUUAAUGGUUCUGAUUCUGGGGAAGGGAUGCCCUUAUGCAUGGCAUCAGAAAACG